UAUNUAUCAUUUUUGAGUUCCGUUGAUUGUUGAUUCAUUUUGGAGCUGCACUCCUAUGACCUAUCUUAUUUCCUGCCCUUGUUUAUUUUUAUAUUUAUUUCCAAAUUAGCUUCAGGAAAAUAGCUGACUGAAAAUUUUCCGCAUCCAUCAUCAUCAUUCGAAAAAUUGGUCUCGAAGAUCUAAUCUUCUUCAUUUUCUUUCUCUUCUGAUCUGAUCCUGAUCUGAUAGCACGCACUCGAUUUUUUUCUCUCUCUGUGCGCGUGCAAGGGCAUAGAUAAAAUACGAUGUAUGGAGGAGGAGGAGGAGUAGGUGGGACCCAGAGCAAACGCGACCUGGCAUUGGAGUACCAGUCUCAGAUAUCCGUUUUACGGCCGAGCAUCCGCGCUAGGAGGGCCAACAUUACCGUCAAAUUCCAGGAUCUCUAUGGAUUCAUUGUCGAAGGUAAUGUGGAUGAUGUGAACGUGUUGAAUGAGGUACGGGAGAAGGCGAGGCAACAGGGACGGGUGUGGUGGGCAUUGGAGGCGAGCAAAGGCGUAAAUUGGUAUCUGGAGACACACGUCUCCUCCACCCUCAAAUCCUCCCUUAGGUUCUCAGCCUUGGUCAAUGCCGUCACUCUCAAGAGGCUCAUCUACAAGGGCAUCCCUCUUAAUCUCCGCCCUAAGGUUUGGUUUACACUGUCCGGGGCCGCCAAGAAGAAAUCCACUGUUCCGGAUAGCUAUUACAAUGACCUCAUCACUGCUGUUCAAGACAAGGUUACCGCUUCCACCAAGCAGAUCGAUCAUGACCUGCCGAGGACUUUCCCCGGUCACCCAUGGUUGGACACACCCGAGGGACAUGCUGCUCUGAGACGCGUUCUUGUAGGUUAUUCAUUUAGAGAUUCUGAUGUUGGUUACUGUCAGGGUUUAAAUUAUGUUGCUGCAAUGUUGCUGCUUGUGAUGAAAACUGAAGAAGAAGCUUUCUGGAUGCUUGCUGUGCUCCUAGAAAAUGUGCUGUUUAAUGAUUGCUACACGAGCAACUUGUCUGGAUGUCAUGUUGAUCAAAGAGUGUUCAGAGAUCUCCUAACCAAGAAAUGUCCAAGGAUAGCUGCUCAUUUGGAAACUUUGGAGUUUGAUGUUUCCCUUGUCUGCACCGAAUGGUUUAUAUGCCUCUUUUCCAAAAGUUUGCCUUCAGAGACAACCCUACGUGUUUGGGACAUUCUUUUCUAUGAAGGUGCAAAUGUUCUAUUCAAUGUGGCAUUAGCAAUUUUUAAGAUGAACGAAGAAGAGUUGCUUAUAACACAUCAGGUUGGUGAUGUGAUUAAUGUAAUACAGAGAACUACACAUCACCUCUUUGAUCCUGAUGAACUAUUAACGACGGCUCUGUGGUUUCAUGUGCUAAAAGCACUCGGUUUGCAGGUUGCCUUUGACAAGAUAGGGCUUAUGACAACCACCACUUUAUCAAAGCAGAGGAAGAAGCAAGAGCCGGCGGUCAUGGCAGAGCUUGACCAGAGAUUAAAACGACUAAAUUCCAGUAAUGGAGAAGAGAAAUGA